CAGUCUGUCUCACAUUCCCACGAGUAUGUUCUCCUCUAAAGCCAUAAAGAGAUCUCAUUGGUGGACUUACUAAGAAGAAAACAUGGCAAAAGGGCCCCAUUGGAUACCCCUUCAAACAUUAAAAUGGGAUAAAGUAUUUUUCGCUUUUAGAAUUUGAACAUCUGGAUUUGCAUUUUUUUUAAAAUAAAUGUUUUGGUUACGGCUCAACAAAAAAACAACAUGUGCAACAUACAUUUCAUUUGUAAGUAACAGCAACAUUUGUAAUACGCCAGCAAUAUUUUAGACCAUGAACUCAUAAAGACAAAUUCAUAUUUAUAUAUCACAAAAUGCUCUUUAUUGUGUGCAUGCGUGCUUUUGCUGCACACUUGUGGGGUUUUCACUCACAUUCUCCGAGGUGCCAGUGACCAAUGCAGAAGGCUUGUGAGAAAGUUAAAUUAUUACACUAAUAACUGAUCUUGGCUUAAUGUCCACGACCCAAAACUGUGGCUGGCGCGUCAACACCCGGAGGUGGAGCUGCGAGAGAGUAACCGGAGAGCACCUCAGAGCCACAGAGUGAAACUGCAUGGGCUGAUCAAGUGUCUGAGGAAGAGAGCGAGAACGAUGGAGUCUUUGUAGAGUCAGAGGCAGCAACAAUCAAUAGAUUCUGUCGAGUUUGGAGUGAAUAAACAUGUCUCCAGUAUGUCUGGGUUUCUGCCUUUUUGAGUGGAGGUGAAAUAAGUGUCUGACAGGUACAAACAGAGGAAAGGAAGCGAGGAGAGAAGUGAAAGAAAAUGGCUCAAAACUCUGCAGGAAGCUGAUUUUUCGACUCUGGACCCCGAGCCCAUCGGCCCCCAGGCUGGGACUGAAUAAGGGCCAAAGGUCCGCUCCGCUCUGCCCACCCACCGGGUGGCUCCUCCUCGAGAGAGAGAUAACCAGCUCUCCAGCCUCUCUCUCUCUACGGGAUCCCCCGCUUCCGCUAUGCCUGAAGCCUAGCAGAGCUCCUGGAGGACUCCACUCGCGUGCCGCCAGUCCAGAGGGAUCUUCACCGAGAGGCUCAGAAGAACUCCAGACGGGACUCACAGGAAACUCGUAUGAAGGUACACAGAGCAAAAGCUACUAUGGAGAGUCAUGUCACACAGAUUUCCAGAGAUGACCUGGAAGAUCUCAGGGAAGCUUUUAAUAGAAUUGAUACUGAUAAAAGCGGCUUCGUGAGCGACUUUGAGCUCCAGGAGCUGUUCCGGGAGGCCAGCUUCUCCCUGCCGGGGUACAAAGUGCGAGAGAUCGCAGAGACCUUCAUCGCCGGAGACACCAACAAGGACGAGAAGAUCAGCUUCACGGAGUUUGUCGCUAUCUUCCAAGAGCUGAAGAGCAAAGAGCUCAGCGAGACGUUCAGGAAAAGCAUCACGAAGAGAGACGGGAUCCGGUCCUUCGGAGGAACGUCGGCCAAGUCCAGCGAGGGAACGCAGCACUCCUACUCAGAUGAAGAAAAGGUGGCGUUCGUCAACUGGAUCAACAAAGGGCUCACCAAAGACAAAGACUGCCAACACCUGCUGCCCAUGAACCCCGACGAUGAAAGCCUCUUCACCUCUGUCCGUGAUGGCAUCCUGUUAUGCAAAAUGAUCAACCAGUCUCAGCCCGACACGAUCGACGAACGAGUCAUCAACACUAAGAAACUGUCCACGUUCACAAUGACAGAUAAUCUGGUCCUGGCGCUGAACUCGGCGUCAUCGAUCGGCUGUACGGUGGUGAGCAUCGACGCCCAUGAUCUGAUGGCUGGGAAACCCCAUCUGGUCCUGGGCCUGCUGUGGCAGAUCAUCAAGGUCGGCCUCUUUGCUGAUAUCGCCAUCAGCGGGAAUGGUCUGAUCGGCCUUCUGACCGAUAGCGAGAAUCUGGACGAUCUGAUGUCUCUCUCCCCGGAGGACCGGCUGCUCCGCUGGGUCAACCAACAUCUACAGAACGCGGGGACCAGCACCAUCAGCAACUUCAGUGAAGAUAUUAAGGACUCGAAGGCCUACUUCCACCUGUUGGACCAGAUCGCUCUCCAGAAAGAGCACGGCUACAAAAAGAACGUCAAAAUCGACAUGAGCGCCAUAAACGAGAGAAACCUGGACCGGAGGGCCGAGAUGAUGCUGCGGCAGGCGGCCCGGCUGGACUGCAGACAGUUCGUGUCCCCGAGUGACGUCACAUCCGGGAACGGCAAACUCAACUUGGCUUUCGUGGCCAACCUGUACAACAUGCAUUCCGGCGUGCAGAUGUCUCAGACCAACGGCGUAGGAGCUGCACCACUCAUCGAGCCCGAGACCAACGAAGAGAAAACAUUUAGAAACUGGAUGAACUCUCUGGGCGUCGCUCCGCAUGUCAACCACCUGUUCUGCGACCUGUGUGACGGUUUGAUCAUCAUGCAGCUUUAUGAGAAGGUCAACGUGCCUGUGAACUGGAAGAAAGUCAACAACCCGCCGUAUCCCAUCCUGGGUGUCAACAUGAAGAAGCUGGAGAACUGCAACUACGCGGUGGAGCUGGGCCGGGACGUGGCUCACUUCUCUCUGGUCGGCAUCGGGGGAGAGAACCUGAACGAGGGCAGCCGGCUGCACACCCUGGCGCUGGUCUGGCAGCUGAUGAGGAGGUACACGGUGUCGGUUCUGUCAGAUGUGGGAGAUGGGGAUAAAGUCGGAGAUCAGAUCAUCCUCAACUGGGUCAACAGCACCUUGAGGCAGAACCGGAAGGACACACAGCUCAGCAGCUUCAAGGACAAACUGAUCAGCACCAGUCUGCCGGUCAUCGACCUGAUCGACGCCAUCGCCCCCGGUACCGUGAGGUGGGACAUGGUGAAGAGGCCACAGAGAGGAGCGCUGAAUGACGCCGAUAAACUCAACAACGCAAAGUAUGCCGUCUCAUUGGCUCGUAAGAUCGGAGCUCGCGUCUACACCCAGCCUGAGGAUUUGGUGCAGGUGAACCCCAAGAUGGUGCUGACGCUGUUCGCCGCCCUCAUGGGCAACGGGAUGAAAAAGGCUGAACGCUGAAACAGCCAGGAAGCAGCCAGGAAGCAGACAGGAAGCAGCCACCUGGAAACCAACCACCAACAUACAUUUCAUUUCUUUGCGCUUUUCAUUGCCUCCUCCCCCUCCAUGUUUUCCUCAUCAAUGUAAUUUUUCUUCUUCUUUGACCUUUAACCUUUUAACCAGAGGAAGACACUGUGCUAUUCUCUGUUUCUCUUGUCAUGCAAACAAUACGCUAUACAACUAAAGUUGGAAAAAUUAUUUCUCAUCAGCAUUAGCAUUAUGUUUGUUGUCUGAUUUUUACAGAACAAGCUCCUAAUUAUUCUUUUCUGGAUCAUGUGAUUCAAGUGCAUUACAUCUGUUUACUUAUUCUUCUAUAUGAACAGAAGGAAUGGCAGAAUCCUACACAUACCUAUCCUUUGUUUCUGUAAAUGUUGUGCAAUAAAUAUUGCUAUUUAAUUAAUAAAGAGAAUCUAUUAAAUGUA